UUCCUGCAGCGCAGCUAGGUGGAGGCUCGGGCGCCAGUAUGCCCAAGAGGAAUGUGAGCGCCACCGAGGGAGCGGCCAAGGAGGAUCCCAAGAGGAGAUCAGCCAGGCUGUCCGCUAAACCCGCGCCUGCCAAAGUCCAGGCGAAGCCCAACAAGGCGACAGUGAAGGAUAAAUCUUCAGACAAGAAAGUGAAAGUGAAGGGGAAGCGGGGAGCCAAAGGGAAGCAGGCGGACAUGGCCAACCAAGAAUGGAAGGAAGACCUGCCUGCUGAGAACGGAGAGACCAAGCCCCAGGAGAGUCCUGCCUCUGACGCCGCAUAAGAGAGAAGCCACAUCUGAGCAAUGCCGGGUCCCACAUGCACCAAUGCGCCUGCUCCCUUCUUGUACAAUCCAGAGGAAUAUUUUUA